AUGACCAAAGACACUGUUAUUCUCCCCGAGCCAUUCGCUUCCAUUGCACGGACUCCCCUCCUUCUCGGUCCCUCGCCGAUUCACCCCCUUCCCCGCAUCAGUGCCGAUCUCGCUCGUGACAGCGCCUACCCCCCAGUGACCAUCUACGCCAAACGAGAUGAUCUGAACUCCGCGUACGCAUAUGGAGGCAACAAGACCCGCAAGUUGGAAUAUCUCCUUGCGGAUGCACAAGCCCAAGGAUGUGAUACAUUGGUCUCUAUCGGUGGUGUACAGAGCAACCAUACCCGUCAAGUCGCGGCUGUCGCUGCACGGACAGGUAUGAAGGCCCGCCUGGUACAGGAACACUGGGUUGAAUGGGUGGACAAGGGGUAUGACUCCGUGGGCAACAUCCAGCUAUCUCGUCUUAUGGGUGCAGAUGUGCGAUUGGACCCCUCGGGGUUUGGUAUCGAGCACAAGACCACCGCGCAGACGGUUGUUGAAGAGUGCAAGGCGAAGGGUGAGAAGCCUUAUUACAUACCGGCAGGAGCAUCGGAUCAUCCGCUUGGUGGGUUGGGAUUCGCGCGAUGGGCACUUGAGGUUCGUCAACAGGAACAGGAGCAGGGGGUCUUCUUUGAUACAGUGAUUGUCUGCGCUGUAACGGGUUCGACCUUCGCGGGUAUGAUCGCGGGUUUCAAGCUGCUCGAGCGUCUGCAUCCGACCGACCCCAAGCGCAAGGUGAUCGGCAUUGACGCCUCGGCUACGAUUGAUGCUACGCGAGCCCAGGUCCUUCGGAUCGCUCGUAACACCGCCAGUAAGAUUGGUCUGACUGCGGAUGAUAUCACGGAUGCCGACAUCAUUCUAGAUGACCGGUACCAUGCCGGGAUAUAUGGAAUUCCCGAUCGUCAGACAUGGGAUGCGAUCCAGUAUGCUGCUCGGAUGGAGGCGUUCAUCACUGAUCCCGUCUAUGAGGGCAAGAGUUUUGCCGGCAUGGUCGAUAUGAUUAAGCGUGGUGAGAUUCAAGGAAGCAAUGUGUUGUAUGCACACUUGGGUGGGCAAUUGGCCUUGAAUGCGUAUUCGGAACUUGGCGCGACCAAAGAAUAA